UUAAGUUGAUCAAAUUGACGACCUAGAUACACGUGCAAGCCUUAUAAACUGAAACCCGAAAUGGAGGGAGUAUUAGCAUCGUGAACUACUUGUUAGACAAAGUUUAUUGUAAUUGUUGUGUACCACGUGUAUAGGAUCACGGGAGAGAGCACGUCGGCCCUUUGCCACAUGUAUAGGACGCUCGGGAGGGGCGUUUUGGUCCAGUUGAUCCCGAUAUCCCCACCACACAGCUAUGCAUUGGGAUCUGUACUAGUCAUCAUUGCGUUGUCAAAUACGAAUAUAAAACUUGAAAUACUAUUCUACCUCCGUUUGUGCGUACGUACGGUGGAAAGCGACGCGGGCAGCGGCGUUACGUCUCGGUCAUGGGGGGACGCAUCUGUACCUGGACACCUACAGAUUGUUGAUUGGACUAUUCUCACCGUUAGUCUGCCCCACGUGUCGGAUGGAAAAAUAAUUGAUGGAGACCAGCUCCGCUGCGGUUCGAAAAAAAGAAAACAUGGACUGGAGAGAUGAGCGAGCUGUGAGUGGGCGGCGGCGGCGGCGCCUCCAGGAUCCAUAGUUUUUGACAUCAAAAACUGGUUGCAGCGGGCGCGGGCGGUGCUGGCGCACCUCCUAAUGGCGACAGGUGAGGGUUAUUCCCCCGUUGGUCAAAACUUGAUUUCCUUUUUGAUCCGAGAGACAACCGCGCGAGGAGUUGUAGAAUCAAUGGCAGGCUGUCCAUCUUCGUGGAGGAGUCAUGCAUCGCAGCUGUUCUAAUCAUGGCGUUGAAGCUUGACACGCCCUUCUCGAAGUUUGCGACAAAUGAUAAUUUUCGAUUUGCGGCAAAUUAGUGGGAGGGGUCGGCUGAUGGUGGCAUGAGCCAUGGCCUGGAGAGAACGAGCGCUGUCCGCGUACCAGAUCUGCAAGGAAACCAUGAAGUGGUCGUCGUGGAGGAGCAAAACUUAGUACAGGUGCUGCGGGAUGUGGUGACACCGGAGUUCGAUCUGUCCGAAGCCUGCGGCAGACGGGGAAGACGAAGCUGGGCAAGACUUAGUAUAGGUGUCGUGGGAUGUGGUGUCGCCGGAGUUCGAUCUGUCCGACGCCGACGUGAAGCCUGCGGCAGACGGGGAAGACAAAGCUGACUACGGCGUCGAGCUUGUGGCAGAGCACGAUCCCGACACCCACCCUGCACAUGAUGGAAACUGUUGGUACUAGACCGUCCAAGUCCGUCUGUACCGAUGUGGUGUUAACGAGCCAGGACAUUUCCACCGUCUAGGACGUGGGCCAGGGGUCCAUUUAUUUAAGACGAAUACGCUAGGAAAUACUUGCAGAGGCGAGCAUCACGAGGUGCCUGCGCGGUCGAGAUUGCAGGAGCAUCUGGACCUGAGAGCCAAAUUGCAUUUCCGGUGACUAUCUCCCUAUAUUAACCCAUUCAUGUAAUCUUUCAUGAUCAUCUCCAACUUGGUAUCAGUUUUCCAGAAAUCCCAUGGCCGAGCAUGCCGCCUCCUCCUCCUCCUCUUUCGCUGCCCUGAGCUCCGGCUCCACGCCGGCCGCCGCCUCCUCCAAGGCGUCCAACGCCGCCCACGCUACCUCGGCCUCCCCCGUGGCGCCUACGCCGCCCUUCCUCUUUCAAGGUUCUUCUCCCGUCCCUGGAUCUCAGUUCACCCCCCUUUUCAUCUCACCUCCGCCGCCAUCCACGCCGACGCCAUCCACACCCCGCCACCCCAUCUUCUUCGAUCAUAUCACCAACCACAUCAAGUUUCUUCUCAACCCCUCCGAUCACAAUUACCAUAAGUGGAAAUCCUUCUUUCUCAUGGUCUUGGUCCCCUACGAUGUCCUCUACCUCAUCGAACACCCGCCGCCUCCCAACGCCAAUGCCGCCUACCUUGAGCUCGAUGCCCACGUCGCCCCCUCUGGAUCUAUGCCACUCUUGCGGAUCCCAUGAUCGAUCAUGUCGUCGGCGCCACCACAUACUCCAUCCGGAAGAAAAUCCGCGAGUUCUUCCGUGCCAAUCGCGUCGCCCGAUUCAUGGUUCUCAACCGGCAGUACCGAAACUUGAAGCAGGGCGAUCUCUCCGUCUCCGAGUACGCUCGCCGCAUGAAGCUCCUCACCGAGUGCCUCACUGACAUCGACCACGCCGUCAGUGAAACCGACCUCACCACCCAGUUCCUCCAUGGCCUUGACAAGCGCCUCGACACCAUUCGCGUCGUCUUCGGCGACCAGGAGCUGCCCUUCAAUACCGUCCUCUCCUGCCUCGUCCUCGCCAAGGAAUCGCAGGCGCAACGCGUCGCCGAGGAGAGUGCCUCGGCCUUUGCCCUGCCUGGCGGUGACCGUGGCUCUGGCACUGUCUCCAUCGAUCGCACCCCCUCUGACCGCGGUGGUUAUCGCACCCAGUGUCCUCCACAUCCUCCACAAUAGCCCUUUGGACGUGGUCGCGGUGAUGGUGAUCGCGGCCGUGGACGUGGUCGCGGGCGCGGUGACUCCUCUCGUGGAGGCCACCCCUCCCAACCGGCGUUCUCACCCUUCACUGGCUACUUCGCGCCCUAUGGCAUGGCCUUGCCAUCGCCACACCUCGGCUGGGUCCCUCCCAAUGCAGCUGGUGUUUUGGGACCCCGGCCCGGCGCCCACGCACAUGCAUACCCCAUGUACUUGCCGGCACCGCCACCCUCACCAUAUCCUCCGCCGUCAUGGGAACACCUCGCCAUGCUCAACGCCGCCUUCAGCAACUCCGGCAUCAACACCCAACUAACCCCCGAGUGGUACUUGGACAGUGGCGCCUCUUCGCAUGUGACCGGCAGCCAAGGUAACUUGACCUCGUCUAGACAUUCGUUACGGCAUGUUCCAUCUAUCAUACUUGUUGGCAAUGGCCAACACCUCCCCGUCACGGCCACUGGCUCUGCCACUCUCCCCCUCACGAUUUUCGUCUCACCGAUAUUCUUGUUUCUCCCAAUGUUAUUACCAACCUUAUCUCCGUCCGAAAGUUUACAAAAGAUAACUCAUGUUCUGUUGAAUUUUUUCCCUGU